AUGGCAGGCAACGAGGGCUAUCUCGCCAAACCCUCGGGCGAAUGCUGCUUGAAGGGGUCCAUCCACGAAGGCGAAGCAAGAGGUCGCAUCGAAGAGAUAGCGGGAAUCGAAUCGUACGUUUCGGCCCCUCGGGGCAAGGACAACGGCAACAUCAUCCUUUACUUCCCGGACGUUUACGGGUUCUUCCUGAACGGGUUUCUCAUCAUGGACGGUUUCGCCGAUGCCGGCUAUACGGUCGUCGGAAUGGAUUACUUUCGCGGAGAUCCCGUAUGGAAGCACCGCAAGGACCGCCAUGACCACUCGAACCCGACCUUUGACUAUGAGGCCUGGAAGAUGAAGCACACCGCGUAUGCAGACGCCGCGGUCCCUGGCUGGGUAGAGGCCGUCAAGGCGCAAUUUGGCAAGCCAACGACAAAGUAUGCCUGCGUAGGAUACUGCUUCGGAGCACCAUAUGUGUGCAACGAACUCGCGGCCGACACUUGUGCUGCGGGUGCAUUUGCUCAUCCGGCAUUCUUGAAAGAACACCACUUUCGUCGACUACAAAAACCCUUGUUCCUGUCUUGCGCAGAAGUCGAUCACACAUUUCCGACGGAGGCCCGAAGAGAGGCUAUCGAUAUCUUGCGACACGACAAGAAGACGUACAACGUGCAGCUCUUCGCCGGCGUCGAGCAUGGCUUUGCCCUCCGCGGGAACAUGGAGAACCCGUACGAACGCUAUGUGAAAGAAGAGAGCUUGAGAGCCAUCGCGCAAUGGUUUGAUUACUGGCUGUCACGGUGA